ACGGAAUUUUACCAAAAUACUCUCCGAUGUGGAUGGAGAGGCCUUAGCGGUACUGUGUGUGCAAAAGGGGACAUGUGGAGAUUUUAAGUAGUACAUUCCAAACGAUUUUCGUGCAGGCACCUUGCUGGAUUUCGUGGGUUGGUUAUGGCGGUGGUCGGGCAAAGACACGCUCGACACAUAAUAAUGCCCCCUCCGAAUUUACCUCCCCACUCCCAACACGCUAUCCUGACGGCUGCUGUGGCGGUUCCCUAUUACCAGGUUGUUCCUCCACAAGAUGUCCAGCCGGACAGACCCAUAGGAUACGGGGCAUUUGGAGUUGUCUGGUCAGUAACGGACCCACGAGAUGGAAAGAGGGUGGCCCUGAAGAAAAUGCCUUGUGUCUUCCAGAACCUAGUCUCCUGCAAACGGGUUUACAGAGAAUUGAAAAUGCUCUGUCAUUUCAAACAUGACAAUGUAUUAUCAGCUCUUGACAUCCUACAGCCACCAAACAUUGACUUUUUCCAAGAAGUUUAUGUACUAACAGAACUAAUGCAGAGUGACCUGCACAAGAUCAUUGUUUCUCCACAACCCCUCACUUCCGACCAUGUCAAAGUCUUUCUAUACCAAAUACUCAGAGGCUUAAAAUACCUCCAUUCUGCCAGAGUUUUACAUCGUGAUAUCAAACCAGGAAACUUACUAGUCAACAGUAACUGUGUACUAAAGAUCUGUGAUUUUGGAUUGGCGCGGAUUGAGGAGCCGGACGAGUCUAUCCACAUGACCCAGGAAGUUGUGACCCAGUAUUAUCGAGCCCCAGAAAUUCUUAUGGGGGCAAAGCAUUAUGGGUCAGGUGUAGAUAUAUGGUCCGUCGGCUGUAUAUUUGCAGAACUGCUCGGACGACGGAUUCUCUUCCAGGCGCAAAGUCCUAUACAACAGCUGGAACUUAUCACAGACCUGCUUGGCACACCCUCCAUAGAUGACAUGAGGACGGCCUGCGACGGUGCAAGGGCACAUUUAAGGAGACAGCCCCACAAACCGCCCUCACUAGCAGCUCUCUACACAUUGUCGAGUCAAGCUACCCACGAGGCGGUGCACCUCCUGUGUCGCAUGCUUGUCUUUAACCCCAAAAAACGUAUCACGGCAGCAGAUGCCCUAGCUCACCCGUACCUAGAUGAAGGACGUCUACGUUACCAUUCGUGUAUGUGUAAAUGUUGUCUCAACACCAACUCCUCAGGGCGCCAGUAUACCUCAGACUUUGAGCCUGUGUGUCACCAACCGUUCAGCUACACAUUCGAGGAUGGUCUAACGUCUGUGAGAGUAGUCAAAGAAAAAUUACACAAAUUCAUUUUAGAACAGCAGCAAGGCAAUUCGGUGCCAUUGUGUCUCAAUCCAAACUCUAUAUCAUACAAAAGCUUUGCAAGGGAUCCGCUAUCAGACCGAGACAACGUGAAGAGGGGCCACUGACCCGUAAAACUCCCAAGUGGCCCAGCCAUCAGAACUCCCGCCGUCUCCUCAUGCCUGGGAUUAGCCCAAACCUCCUCAUUCAUUUCAUCAAUGUCAUCGUCUUCAUUGUCAUUACAAACUUGAGCCAGGACCAAAGUGUGAAUGUUUCAUUCGACCAAUCAUUGGAUGUACAAUUGUGUUUGUUGACUAGAAGGCAACAGCCAGUGAAUUCCACUCAUCUCUGUUAGAUAGUUGUAUUAUAAAGAUUUUGGUGCUCACAGAUUAUACAAGUUGUGUGUAUAAGUAUUGUUGUGUAAUAGUUAUAAUAAUCAGGCAAAACACUGUUUGACAGUGAAUCCAUUCUUACUGUUUAACAGUUUUUGUGACAUUCAA